AUGAUGCCUCUGGCUUGCGCGCUUGGGGAAGAAAACGUAGCCACCUUCCUAAUACUAAAGCUGUUUCCAAGAGAGUUGCAAGAUGAAAACCACGACCAAAUCAAAUGCACGGACGACAACAUCAACAGCAGCAUGCAGAUCGAUGAUCUCGCCUCCUCCCUAGCGCAGCAGAUCCUUGGGCGCUGCUACCCACUAUUCAGGAAGCGCCAGUCACUAGGACCACAAAUCAACAGAUUCAACAGCACACAAAGACCAUGGGUUGGUGGAUUCACAAGAAAAGGAAGAGGAACCAUAUGUUACAUGUACGAGAGCUUGAGGAUUUGCUGGCCGAGCUCAACAGUGCCGCCUUGCUGA